AUGCAAUCAAUGAAUGUACAGCAUCAGGUUAUGCCUGGCCAUGAGCAGAUGAUGCCGCAGAGAGAUCCUCAGAACAUGAAUAUGAUGCAGAACUACUCGCCACACAUGGGCAGGGCGCGCAUGAAUGUACAGCAGCCUAACUUUCCUAUGCAAAGUAUGAUGCAGGAUGUUGGGAAUCCAUAUUUGAAUGCGCAGGAGCAGGAUAUGAACAAGAGACAGAUGCAGCAGAAUAUGCCUAUGAAUAUACAGCCACAGCUACAGAUGCAACACCAGAAUCAGAAUUUCAAUAUUAGUACUCCUGUGAACGCUUCCAUGCCACCUGGUCUAAAUCUAUACCAACAGCAACAGCAACAACAGCAACAACAGCAACAACAGCAGCAACAGCAACAACAGCAGCAACAGCAACAGCAACGACAAGGUCAAGGUCAGGGUCAGCAGAAUCAGCAGAAUCAGCAGCAGCAACAACAGCAACAACUUGGUCAACAACAAAUCCCACAACAAUCUCAGAAUCAAGGCUCUAUUGGUGUCAAUCCUGCAUUGACCAAUGUGCCAAAGCAAAUGGGUGCGGCAGCAAACGCUCUGCCAGGAGCUGCAUCCGCACUGCCACCUAUGAUCCUCCCACCGCCAAACCACUUGUUCGUCAGAGAUGUAUGGAAGGGCAAUUUAUACCGUGAAUUUGCUUCUAUUAGACGCCUUGUUCAACAAUACAACCAUAUUUCAAUAAGUACAGAAUUUGUCGGCACCACUGCACGUCCUAUUGGUAACUUUAGAUCGAAGGCAGAUUAUCACUAUCAGACUAUGAGAGCAAAUGUGGAUUUCCUGAAUCCAAUUCAACUAGGUUUAUCCCUAAGUGACGAAAAUGGUAAUAAGCCAGAUAACGGUCCAUCUACAUGGCAAUUCAACUUCGAGUUUAAUCCAGAGAAAGAAAUGGUGUCAAAGGACUCUCUUGAGCUUCUUACAAAGUCUGGCAUUAAUUUCGAACAGCAUCAAACCAUGGGUAUAGAUCAACUAGAGUUUGGUCAGUUACUAAUGGAUUCAGGAUUGGUCUUGGACCCUGAAGUUACUUGGGUCACAUACCAUGCUGCCUACGACCUCGGCUUCCUAAUCAACAUCCUAAUGAACAACUCGAUGCCAAAUAACAAGGAUGAUUUCGAGUGGUGGGUGCAUAAGUAUCUGCCAAACUUCUACGACUUGAAUCUAGUCUACAAAGCCAUUCAGGACUUCAAGCAACCAAACCAGCAACAACAGUAUACACUUACCUCACUGGCAGACGACCUAGGUAUUCCAAGGUUCUCCAUUUUUACAACUACAGGUGGUCAGAGCUUGCUGAUGCUUCUAUCUUUCUGCCAAUUGGCAAAAGUCUCACUCAACAAACUACCAAAUGGCGCUGAUUUGAUAUCCUACCGUAACAUAAUCUACGGCAUCGAUGGAGAGUAG